AUGAUGGACGCGGGCCUCGCCCACAAGAAGGCGGGCAACGCGCGCUUCGCGAAGAAGGCCUACGCCGAGGCCAUCGAGAACUACGACCUCGCGGCCGCGGACUUUGAGGCCUGCGGCGCGUCGGCCGCCGGCGAGGCGUCGAAGACCUACGCCAACGCCAGCGAGUGCCGCCUGCGGCUCGGCGACUUCGCGCUCGCGGAGAGCGCGGCGUCGCGCGCGCUCGAGCUCGACGGCGCGAACACGAAGGCGCGGUUCCGCCGCGGCCGCGCGCGCCUCGAGCUCGGCGACUACGAGGGCGCGAUGGCGGACCUGGGCGCCGUCGUCGACGCCGGCGGCGGCGACGAGGCCGAGGCCCUCUUCCGCGAGGCCAUGUCGAAGCAGCGCCUCGCGACGUUCUCGCUCGCGCUGCGCGGCGAGGGCUCGGGCGACGACGCGCUGGGGCCGCGCGACUUCUUCGAGGGCCUCGACGGCGACGGCGCCCUCGCGCGCGUCGUCGACGCCUACCGCGUGGGCGCCCUCGACGACGGCCGGGCGCCGGACGACGCCGCGGGCCUCGACCGCUACCUCGCGGACGCCGAGCGCGGCGGCUGCGUGCCCGCGGGGUGGGACGCCGACGGCGCGGCGCGCGCGCGCGCGCACGCGGCGACGGCGGCGUCCUGGCGCGGCCUCGACCCGUCGAGCGCGACGAUCCGCGGCUUCCAGGACGUCUACGUGUCCGCGGGGCGGCCCCUCGAGCUCUUCCGCGUCCGCGCGCUCGCCGACGCCGUCCGCGAGCGGAACGAGGGCCCCGCGCCACGCGCCGCCCCGCCGCCGGCGCCGCCGCGCGUCGACGCCAAGGCCGCGGCCUUUGAGGAGGCGUUUGGGAAACCAUCGCCCUACGCGCGCCUCGACGUCGAAAAAGCGCUCGCCGGCGGGACCGCGGCCGCCGUCGCCAAGGCGCUCGUCGCGGGCGACUUUGGCACCCACGGCCUCGACGCCGACGUUUACGCCGCGGGCGUCGCGGCCCUCGCGAGCGAGACGGACCGGACCGCCGCGCUCGCGCUCGCGGCCUUCGACCUGCUCGACGGCCGCGACGGCGCGGCGCCCCAACGGCGCCUCGCGCUCGCGGUCCUGAGCGGCCGCGAGGCGGCGGUGGACGACGACGAGGAGCAGCCCGCGGCCUGGCGCGCGGGCGUCGGCAGCGAGCUCAUGGCCGGCGCGUGGGCCAUCGUGGAGUCCGCGCGCGCGGCCAUGGGCUUCGUCGGCAGCCCCGGCGGCGCGGCGAAAAUCCUCAGGGAGGCGCCCUGCUUCCGCGCCGCGGCGACGGCCGAGGCCUGGGACCCGACGGGCGCCUUCUUCGCGGCGGCCGCGCGCCUCGCGCUGACGGCCGGCGCGGACGCGCUGCGGCGCGGCGACGCGGCCGCCGCGGCCGAGGUCACGGCGGGCGCGCACGCGCUCUGGUCCCGCCUCUGCGCGGGCGUCGCGGGGCCGGACCGCGCGCCCCUCGUGGCCCUGUCCCUGCUGCGCGCGCGCGCGGCGGAGCAGCUCGGCGACUUCGCGGCCGCGCGGCGGCUCGUCGGCGCGAACGUCGGCGGCGCGCUGCACCACGUCGCGCUCGAGCGCGGCUUCCUCGAGAGCGAGAACGCGUCGCUCGACAUGGGCGAGGCCGAGGCGGCCGAGGUGCUGCAACGCGUCGCGAAGCGGCGGGGGCCCUUCCCCGAGCGCGACGUGGCGCCCGAGACCGACGGCUGGCGGAGCUUCGACGCGUCGCCGGGCCGCGACGUCGACAACUUCCUCCUCGCCGACGAGGAGCUCACGCUCGUGCUGUGGGAGCGGCGCCUCCGCGCGAGCGGCGCGACGCGGCUCCGGAUCGUCGCGCGCGGCGCCGCGCCCUGCGACGUGCUCCGGGGUUUGGACGCGGCGCUGCCCGGGCUGGAGGCGCUGCGGGUGGACGCGACGGCCGGCGGCGCGCUCCACCUCGCGCCGUUGCUGGACAUGUCGAAGCUCGAGGACCUCGAGGUCCUCGGGCGGGCCUGGGUCGGCCCGCUGCCGCCGGGGCUGCGGCGCCUCGCGGUACAUCUCGCCGCCGCCGUUCGACGGCGACUUGAGCUGCACCGGCAACGCUUCGUCUUUCAGUGCCACUCCGUGGUCCUGUCGGGCUCCGUGGUCCAAGCGGGCGGGCUGCCCUCGUGCCCGUCGGACCGCUAA